AUGGCGGAAGAAGGUUUAUUACAACCUCAUACAGAAGAGCUAUUAGCUUCUCCUGAUAAUUCUUCUUCACUUAUGUUUGAAAUAUCAAAUGUCUCCACAAGACCUUUCAUUCUUGCCUUCACUGCCUCUUCUUGCAGCGCCUUUUCCUUUGGAUGCAUUUUUAAAACCUUUGUCUAUUUUGUUUGUCUCCGGUUAACCGUUUUAAAUAUUAUUAUUAUUAUUCUUUUGUCGUUCUAUCAGUUUUCACUUUUUGGAUCCAUAUUGACUGCCGGAGUAAUCAUUGGAGCAUUAAUCUGUGGAAAACUAACAGAUUUGGUUGGUCGUGUCUACACAAUGUGGAUUACGAACAUCCUGGUUCUUAUUGGCUGGCUUGCUAUUGCAUUUCCCAGGAGUGUUUGGCUGCUCGAUCUGGGAAGGCUAUUGCAAGGCAUCUCGGUCGGAAUAACCUCAUAUUUGGUACCCGUUUACAUCACUGAAAUAGCACCAAAAAAAUUGCGAGGAGCUGCUUCUGCUUUGUCUCAGUUAUUUGUUGGAGUUGGUAUAUCGGUCUUAUAUGCACUUGGAACAGUUGUUGCUUGGCGCAAUUUAGCCAUUUUGGGAGCUAUACAUUGUCUUAUUACUGCGCCUCUUCUUUUUUGCAUCCCUGAAUCGCCUAGAUGGCUAGCUAAAGUAGGGAGGGAAAAGGAGGUCGAAAAUGUUUUGUUAAGCGUGCGAGGAGUAGGAUCCGAUGUAUCAGAUGAAGCAAAAGAGAUAUUAGAAUACACCCGACAAGUUAAAGAACAAGACGUGAAUGGCCGUGGUUUCUUCAAGCUGUUUCAGCGGAAAUACGCUUUGCCACUUGCGAUUGGAGUAGUUCUUGUAUCUUUGCCUCAGCUUGGAGGUCUUAAUGCUUAUACGUUUUACAUUGACUCCAUUUUUACCUCUACUGGUAAACAAAACCUUUUUGUUCUUCUUCUUCUUCUUCUUCAAUAUAGCUUCAUCGAAAAAUUGGUUGGAGGCAUUUUAGGUGUUGUGCUUGUGGAUGUAUUCGGAAGACGUUCCCUCCUACUGGUUUCUCAAGCUGGAAUGUUCUUGGGGUGUCUUGCAAUGGCCAUUUCGUACCAGAAGAACAAUUGUUGGGAAACAGUAUCACCUACCUUGGCUCUCAUUAGUGUAAUGGUGUAUUUUGCAUUGUACGGAUUAGGCAUGGGACCUUUACCAUGGAUUGUAGCAUCAGAGAUUUAUCCAGUAGACGUGAAGGGAGCUGCAGGAACAAUGUGUAACUUGACCAGCUCGACAAGCUCAUGGCUCGUUACUUACUUCUUCGGUUUCUUGCUUCAAUGGAAUUCAACAGGAACAUUUAUCAUCUUUGCCACAGUGAUAUGCCUUGGAUUUGUGUUCACAGCCAAGCUUGUUCCAGAGACCAAAGGAAAAUCUUUAGAAGAAAUUCAUUCUCUGUUCUAUUAUUCUCCUCCUGAAAAUUCUACAAAAUUCUAA